AUGACAGUUGUUCACAUCGUAUUAUUCGAGUGGAAACCCACAGCUACUUAUGAACAGGUCGAUGAAGCAUGCAAGCGCAUGCUAGCACUUCACGAAAAGUGCCUCCACCCAACUUCCAGGCAACCCUACAUCAAGUCGUUCUCGGGCGGCAAGAACAACAGCCCCGAAGGCCAUGCCGGCGCUUUUACACACGGCUUCGUCGUCGAGUUUGCGAGCGCAGAGGACCGAGACUACUAUGUGAACGAAGACCCUGCCCACCAAGAGUUUGGCAAGUUCGUUCUAGAAGUUGCGCAGGGGGUGAAGGUCGUAGAUUAUGAGCCAGGGACGUUCUGA